AUGGCCCUCCCCUGCGACGCAAAGGAUGAGCAGUCCUCCGUGCACGUCUUCGACCGCCAUGUGGCGAGUGGCGCAUGUGCUCCGAGUGUGAAGACGAAGCCACGGUGUCCUGUGAAGGGCUGUCGAGAGAAACUCACCUUCUCGAAUUCCUGCCAGUGCGGUAGCUGUGGCCUGAAGGUAUGUCUGAAGCAUCGCUUUGAGGAUCAACAUGAAUGUCGACCCACAUGCCGCCAAAGCGCCGGUGCCUUUGGUGCCUUGAAGCUCAGUAUUAGACCACCACCAAAACCGGGGUCGGGCUCGUUCGAACUUCGUGGACUUAUACGGGUACUCUCCGUCUUGCAUUCCACAUGA